GGGACACAGGAAGUGGUUCUGCAGCUGCAGAAAUGGCCGGCACAUCUACAGAAAUGGAUCCUGAUCUGGCCCGGCAGCUGUUCUUCGAAGGGGCCACGCUUGUGAUUUUAGGAUUUCCAGAAGGCUCGGAAUUCGGUAUAGACUUAAACAGCUGGGAAGUUGGUCCUCGUUUCCGAGGGGUGAAGAUGGUGCCUCCAGGACUUCACUUUAUCCACUAUAGUGUGAAGAGGCUGAGGGGAGCCCCUGGAGAAACGGGGCCACGUUCUGGCAUUUUCUUCUUCCUUGAGCAGAAGGCCAUCCGCCUCCUACAGUGGGAUGCUCAACGAGAAGAGAUGAUCCCUACCUCCCAAGAGGAGGCUGAGGUUCUACGGGAACAGCUUCCUUCUUUGGAUCCGUUCUUGGGGCCUUACCCUUAUGAAAGCUUGCGUCGCUGGGUAUCUCUAACCAGCUACAUUACUAAAGAGGCCAUGCUAAAGUUGCAACCUGCCUGUGGGACAAUAUGCUCCUUCCCGGAGGUUCUUCCUACUGAGAAAAUGACCCACACAGAGGAUCGUGCUAAGCACAACUUGCCCAGAUAUGACACAAUGUGUCAGAACUAUAAGGAGGGCUUGUCAAGACUUCCACAGAUGAAACAAAAAGAAGGAACGGAAAUCCGCUUUAGCGUAGUUCCAGAGAAAACGUAUCCAAAGAAUGCCACUCCCGCUGAAGUCACGCUGCACAGCAUGGACCUGUCCUACGCCCUAGGGCAGCUGAUAGAUGAAUACUACCCAGAAAAAACUUUGGAUAUACUAGCUGAACUGCAGUUUGCCUUUGUGUGCUUCAUCCUGGGGAAUGUAUACGAAGGGUUCGAACAGUGGAAGAGUUUGCUGAACCUUCUAUGUCGAGCAGAGACCUACUCUGUACAGCACCCAGAUCUGUACAUUGAGCUCAUCUCCAUCUUGUAUCACCAGCUGGCCCAAGUGCCCACAGACUUCUUCAUCGACAUUGUGUCCCAGAACAACUUUCUGACCAGCACUCUGCAGGUUCUUUUCUCAUUCCUGUGUUCUCAGUCCACAAAUAAAGACCUGAAGAAAAGAGCCAUCCGAUUCCGGGCCCAUCUGACCAAGAAAUUUCAGUGGGACUUUGAAGAGGAUCCUCAAGACUACGCUCCGGUUGUUGUCCCGCUCCCCGAGGGUUGGGAAAAUGAGAUCAGGGACCAAAAUGCAAUGGAAGAGGGGAACAGUGAGACCGUCCUCCCUUCAUAG